AUGGCAGAAGGAACACGUUCAUAUGCUCAAAUAGUAGAUUCAAUGAAUCACUUACGGCAACAACAAGAAUGUCAGCAAAAGCAGAUCGAAGAUGCGAUUUGUUUAUUGUUGAAGCAGCAAGAGGCGGCGAGAUUGGAAAGAGAAACACAAGACAAAAAAAUUCAAGAGGUUUUACAACAAAUCUCUGAGAUUUCUUGUCACGAUUCUAAAGAUCCUGGUAAUAGACGUCAAGAUAAUCAAGAUCAACACAUGAGGCACAGACAUGAAGAUAUGGAGGAUGACACAGGGGACGUGAACCAAAGAGAGCUAGUGAACAGAGGCUUUGUCAGGGGUAUUAAAUUGGAUUUUCCUAGAUUUCGUGGUGGUAAUCCAUCACCAUGGAUCUAUCGUGCGAACCAGUACUUCCUGUAUCACCAGGUUCCUCCUAGCCAACGUAUUUUCAUUGCUUCUUUCCACAUGGAUGAUGAAGCCUUGGUCUGGUUCCAGGAUGCUAGUGAGGCAGGAACCUUUCUUUCUUGGGAGGACUUCAUCAAGGCUGUUCAGAUCCGUUUUGGAUCUACUCCGUAUGAUGAUCCUAUGGAGUCACUUACUCGACUCAAGCAGGUUAGUACAGUUAAUGAUUACAAAUAUGAGUUUGAGAUCCUUUCCAAUCGUAUUAGAGGCUUGUCUGAGAAAAACAAGUUGAGCUGUUUUUUGAGUGGCCUGCGAGAUGAGAUCAGAUUACCUGUUAGGAUGUUGAAUCCUUUAUCCUUGAAUGAUGCCUUUGGUUUAGCCAAAAUUCAGGAACAGUAUGUGGUGAGUAUAAGGAGACCUUGGAGAAAUUCACUUACUGAUUCGAGUAAGUUUAGUCCAGAGUCGAAUUUGUUAAUGUUUGGACAAACUCCUUCACUAUUAGGAGCACCACGAGUUUCUCCUUUACCUAGGCUUCCUUAUCAUAAGGUGUCUGAGUCUCAGAUGGUGGAAAGGCGUAGAAAAGGCCUUUGCUAUUUCUGUGAUGAUAAAUGGCAACCAGGUCAUAAAUGUGCAAGGCCAAAGUUAUUUUUACUAGAAGGUAUGGAAUUUGGUGAGUCAAGUGGUGAAGAAAAUGUUGAUGCUACUGGUGAGUUGGUUGUUGAACCUGUGGAAGUUGAAGCUGAGAUGGCUUCUAUUUCAUUACAGUCUAAUGUAGGUGAAGGAGGACCUAAGACCAUGAGACUUAUGGCUUGUAUUGGCAAGAAGAAGUUGAUAAUUUUAAUUGACACUGGUAGCACACAUAAUUUUGUGGACACUGUGGCUGCUGCUCGAUGUAAAUUACAUGUACAACUUGGCCAGACUAUUAGUGUUAAAGUGGCUAAUGGUCAGCUCAUUGAGAGCACGGGUAAAUGUGUGGCUGUGCCUUUGUCAAUUCAGAGCAUACCUUUCACAGUUGAUUUCCUUACACUUCCCCUGGGAGGAUGUGAUGCGGUUCUUGGAAUUCAGUGGUUAUCCACCUUGAGUCCUAUUCUCUGGGACUUUGUCAAUAUGAGUAUGCAGUUUCAAUGUAAUGGUCAGGAAAUUUCCUUAAAAGGUUUGACAGUACCUCAGUCAAAUCUUAUUGAUGAUGAGGAGUCCUUUGAGACUUUUGGUUGUGGAAGUAAAGGCAUUUUCCUGCAGAUAGUGGCUUGUAGUUCCAUUGAACUUCCAUCAUUGCAGAAUGUACAAGUGCAGCAGCUUCUGCAGCAGUAUAAGGAAGUUUUUAAUGAACCUACUGGAUUGCCACCCAAUAGGUCUCAUGACCACAAGAUCAAUUUAAAACAAGACAUUUCUGCUAUCAGUGUUAGACCUUAUAGAUAUCCUUUUUACCAAAAAGCAGAAAUUGAAAAAAUUGUUAAGGAGCACUUGAACUCUGGGGUUAUUAGGCCAAGUCAGUCACCCUUCUCAUCUCCUGUGUUGCUAGUCAGGAAGUCUGAUGGCACAUGGAGAAUGUGUAUUGACUAUAGGGCUUUAAAUGAAGCCACUAUUAAAGACAAGUACCCCAUUCCUGUUGUGGAUGAGCUCUUAGAUGAACUUUCUGGUUCAACAAUUUUUUCUAAAUUGGAUCUUAGAGCUGGUUAUCAUCAGAUACGUAUGAGAGAUGAGGAUAUUCCUAAGACUGCCUUCAGAACUCAUGAAGGGCAUUAUGAAUUUCUUGUAAUGCCCUUUGGUCUCACCAAUGCCCCUUCAACAUUUCAGGGCCUUAUGAAUGAAGUUUUCAAGCCAUUCCUUCGAUAG